CGUUACGAGCAAAGCAGGAAGUCCUCAGAGAGAAUGCUCUUGUACUUCACGGGUAGCUUCUCUCCGGGGGAUCGUCUUCCGUUUACCACGUUUUUGUUUCCAAGUGUACGUUUUAUUGCUCGACCAGAUGUCAGAUAGCGCAGCGAGGCGUCCCAAAGUUGGGGUAGGGGUACUGGUCACAGACUCGGCUCAUCCAGGCUGUGUUCUCCUCGGGAAAAGGAAAAGUGAAUUGGGAAAUGGGAAGUACCAACUUCCGGGCGGCCAUCUCGAGUUUGGGGAGACGUGGGAGGAAUGCGCCCAGAGGGAGGUGUUAGAGGAAGCUGGCCUGCAUUUGGUGAACAUCCGCUUUGCUUCCGUGGUGAAUUCCAUCAGACUGGAGGAGCAGUAUCACUACGUUACCAUUAUUAUGCAAGGAGAAUUGGACAAGGAGCGAUCCAAAGAACCCCAGAACUUGGAACCGGAGAAAAAUGAGGGAUGGACAUGGACGCGGUGGGAGCAGUUUCCUCCAGAAGAUCGGCUCUUUUUGCCCCUGGCGCAUCUGCGAGAGCAACGAUACCAUCCCUUCACCAGCACAAAAGCCGAAACUUUGAAGUAACUCAUGUUAGAUUAUUUUCUCCAGCGUCGAACAAUCCUUGUCCUUUCUGUAAAUUUCCCCAGUGUGGGACAAAUAAAAGGAUAUCUCAUUUUA